GCGAUCGGUGAAGGGUUUUGUGGGUCAUGGAGGAGGAAGGUAAAUAAAAGACAAGCGCUAAUAACACACCGCGGCUCUUUUUUAAAGACGGUUACCGGGAGGUUUGACACUGCGGCAACUUUUGUUGGUGGUACGGUCAGAGAGCACACACCGGAGAGGAGGGACUGUCGGUGCGGCUCCAGCAGCAGCUGUCGGCGUUCUCAGGUGGUCUGAUUGGGUUUGCCUCAUCCUUGUGUUGCCAUGGCGAUGCGGGAGUUGGUGGAGGCAGAAUGUGGGGGAGCCAAUCCCCUCAUGAAGUUGACCGGUCACAUGACCAAGGAAGGGGGGGCAUGGCGGCACCGCUCAACACCUACAAUUCCCCCCGCUCCUAUUGAAAUCUCAACUGAAGAAGAGCUGGUGAAUGAGUUCCUCCAGGCGCCCCCCAGACCCCCACACACAUUUGACAUGGGUCAGCUGUUGGAGGAGAUGCAGCAGAUUGACCAGCAGAAUUACAGACAAGCUCCACAGAGAGCUCCAGAUGUGGCAGCUUUGGCCCUCUCUGGGGACUGGGCGGCUGAGUUCCUCUCAGGUCCUGACGCUGCGGCCGCACCGGGGCUCAUUGCUCUUGGUGAUGCAGCAGACGCUGAUUGGACGAAAGAGUUUAUCGCUGAGGCUGCAGAUCCUGGACGGUGGGCGGAGGAGUAUCUGGAGCAGUCGGAGGAGAAGUUAUGGCUGGGAGACCUGGGAGACAAGGAGAACGAAUGGACAAAGGAGUAUCAGCCAGGAGAGGAGCUGAGGCAGACAGCCAAUGAGCUCGUCUCAAAGGUCGACGACCCCAAGCUACAAAACACUGAGUUCCUGCGAUUCAUUAGGCAGAUUGGCGAGGGCAGUGUGACAGUGGAGAGCAGAACAGACAAACAGCUCACAGAUAAAGCUCAGGCCGCGGAGGCUCAGAACUGGGCCUCCAACCUCAACCAGGUGUCAGAGGAGUCGGCUGAAGCCUGGGUAGAUGAGUUUGCAACAUCAGGACCGGAUUUUCAGCAAGCUAAGGCUGCAGUGGAGAGUGAUGUGGAUUUCUGGGAGAAGCUGCAGCAGGAGUGGGAGGAGAUGGCAAAGAGGGACGCAGAGAGCCACCCCUGGCUGUCUGACUUCGAUCAGCUACUCAGCACUUCUUAUGACAAGGGAUAUCAGUUUGAAGAGGAAAACCCUUACUUAUCCCACCCAGACCCUCUGUCAGAGGGAGUCAAGAGGAUGGAGGCGGGGGACAUCCCUGGGGCCGUACGGUUCUUUGAAAGUGCCGUACAGAGAGAACCAGACAACCAGCUGGCUUGGCAGUAUCUGGGAACCUGUCAGGCAGAGAACGAGCAAGAAUUUGCAGCCAUCAGCGCCCUCCGCAGGUGUAUAGAGCUGAAGAACGACAACCUGACUGCUCUGAUGGCGUUGGCUGUCAGUUUCACUAACGAAUCACUGCACAGGCAGGCCUGUGAGACUCUUCGUGAUUGGCUGAAGCACAAUCCACAAUACCGUUCUGUGUGGGAGCAGCAUCAGGGCGAACACCAACAGGAGGGUGCCAGAGAACGGGAGAAGGAGAAGGAGAGGGAGAGGUUCGGGUCACUGCUGCCAGAAUCUUUGUUUACUGAUGUCCAGUCGUUGUUCCUGCAAGCAGCCAACUCUGACCCCGCCCAGGUGGACCCCCAGCUGCAGUGUGGUCUGGGAGUUCUCUUCAACCUCAGCGGGGAGUACGACAAGGCGGUGGACUGUUUCAGCGCUGCUCUGUCUGUCACACCGCAGGACUACCUGCUGUGGAAUAAGUUGGGGGCCACACUCGCCAACGGAAGCCGCUCAGAGGAGGCAGUGGCCGCCUACAGGAGAGCCCUGGAGCUGCAGCCCGGCUUCGUCCGUAGUCGCUACAAUUUAGGAAUCAGCUGCGUUAACUUAGGAGCACACAGAGAGGCAGUGGAGCACUUCCUCGAAGCUCUGUCUCUACAGCGCCAGGCGGCCGGGGACGGAGCGAGAGCUGCGAGGGGGCCUGGAGGCGCCGCAGCCACCAUGAUGUCCGACAACAUCUGGUCCACCCUGCGGAUGGCUCUGAGCAUGAUGGGAGAGAGCCCUCUGUACGCCGCUGCCGACCGCCGGGACUUGGACACGUUGCUGGCUCACUUCUGCCAGAGAGAGGGAGACGGUGGGACUGAAUGAAGGAUGGACAGGGGAGGGCUUAUUGAGUGUGAGUGUGUUGCGCUGGGAGGUAAAUGUUUGGGUGAAUGAAUGAAGCGGAGAAGAAUCAGAGCGGUAGCGGUUACAGAGAAAUGGACGAGGAAGACACUGUGAAUCAUCCGCCAUCCAAGGGACAUCAUCUUAAAUGACUUCUAACAAAUACUGCAGUAUUAGUGUCGACCUGGAAGCCAGCAGGAAUACAGUCAUGUGACUGUGUUUUACAUGUACGACAGUCCUGACAUUUCUUCUUUCUCUGUUGAAAACUGAGUUUCAUAAAAUGUCACUUUUGUUGUUGAUUUUGAAAUUGGUUUACAAUGAUGAAAGUAAAAGAUGAAUAAUGAUGAUGAAUGCAAUGUGGACGGUUUUUCUUGACACUCAAAGUCCUCAGCAGCAGGUUGUAGGUUGAGCUGUAAACUCACUGCGGUUAUGUAGAUCAAAGGUACAAUGUUGCUGUGACAUUGAAAAGAGUACUGAUUUUUAUCUAAAGUGCUCUCAAAAGAGGGAUUAUGCCAGUCCAGAGAACAAAUACUAAUCAGAAGUGCUACAGCGGCUUGUUUUUCUUUUUUUUAUGUACUUUAUUUAAUUUUUUAGUAAUCAAUUAUCAGCCAGGACAAUGAACUGACAACCAGCGGGACUGUUACUGUUAUGAGAAGGUGUGUGUGUGUGUGUGUGUGUGUGUGUGUGUGUGUGUGUGUGUGUGUGUGUGUGUGUGUGUGUGUGUGUGUGUGUGUGUGUGUGUGUGUGUGUGUGUGUGUGUGUGUGUGUGUGUGUGUGUGUGUGUGUGUGUGUGUGUGUGUGUGUGUGUGUGUGUUUUUGGGUCAGGUGGGGGAUAUUAAUCGUGCAUCUGAUGAUAAGAUCAUAUAAUUGUAAUAUCAUGAACAAUGAGAAUGAUUUCUCUGGGCUCCUCCCUUCUCUCGCUCUUUUUCAUAUCGCUCUUGUAAAACAAUUUGCUUCGUUGUAAGAUAAUGCUAUAUGCCAUAUUGUGUAUUGUAACAUAAUUGUUGCACUAUAAUUGUGUUCAGGCUAGUUGUAUCCUGACUGCAAUGUUUAAUAUAAUAUUCAGCAAUAAAGCUUUGAUUCCAAACAAC